UAUGUGCAGUACAGGAUCGACCUUGGUCUGAAGCUGAUGAUGGCGGGGAAAGCGUGGAGGUCAGGGAUUCUUAAUCUACUAAGAAAGUGGGGUUUAUCGGUCAAUGACAAGGAUAAAAUCAAGGCACAGGAAGUGUCGAAGGUGGUUGGAGCUUUGAUGAGAGAGACUCCACAAUCCAGGACGUUCAACCGUGGGUUGCAAACCGUCACUUUAAUCCCUGGUGAUGGAAUUGGUCCAGAGAUCUCCAAUGCUGUCAUUAAAAUAUUUGAAUCAGCUCAGGCACCCAUUCAGUGGGAAGAGAGGAAUGUUACUGCCAUUCAAGGACCUGGUGGCAAGUGGAUGAUUCCUCCUGAUUGCAAAGAAUCAAUGGACAGGACCAAAAUUGGCUUGAAGGGUCCUCUGAAGACACCAAUAGCUGCUGGUCAUCCCUCUAUGAACCUGCUGCUUAGAAAGACCUUUGACCUCUAUGCCAAUGUGCGUCCCUGUGUGUCCAUUGAGGGAUACAAAACCCCCUACACUGAUGUGAACCUGGUCACCAUCAGGGAGAACACAGAGGGAGAAUACAGUGGGAUCGAGCAUGUGAUUGUCGAUGGAGUUGUACAGAGUAUUAAGCUCAUUACAGAGCAAGCCAGCCUACGCAUUGCAGAAUAUGCUUUUGAAUAUGCCAGAAACAAUCAGAGGGCCAGUGUUACUGCUGUUCAUAAGGCCAAUAUUAUGCGCAUGUCAGAUGGGCUUUUCCUGCGAAAAUGCAGAGAGGCCGCUGAAAAGCACAAAGACGUGAAGUUCACUGAGAUGUACUUGGAUACUGUGUGUCUUAAUAUGGUGCAGGACCCCACUCAGUUUGAUGUGUUAGUGAUGCCAAAUUUGUAUGGAGACAUCUUGAGUGAUCUUUGUGCUGGACUUAUUGGAGGUCUCGGAGUGACUCCUAGUGGAAACAUUGGAGCCAAUGGUGUUGCCAUAUUUGAGUCGGUUCAUGGAACUGCACCAGACAUAGCAGGACUAGACAUGGCCAACCCCACUGCCUUGCUGCUCAGUGCGGUCAUGAUGCUGCGGCACAUGGGUCUGCACGGCUACGCCAAGAAGAUCGAAGCUGCCUGCUUUGACACCAUUCGAGACAAAAAGGUUCUCACAAAAGACCUGGGAGGAAACUCAAAGUGCUCAGAAUUCACAGAUGUUAUAUGUCAACGAGUGCGUGAUAUGGACUAAUAGGAUCCUCAUGUGGCUGUGAGUCCAUUGUUAGUGUUGAAGCCUAUAAACUUAAUCAUGGCAUGUUGUAUCUGCACAUUUUAACCGGAAUAUGUAUUUAAAAAGAUUUUGAGAUCCCAAAAGUUUUAUUUUUCCCGCACUUUCCAAAGCAUUGUCUUAAAACGUUGGACCAACAUUCAACGCUGUAUAUGUUAUAUGAGUAUACUCUUAAAGAGAUUUAUCUGUGGUGGACAUGGUAUAUUUAUUGGCUGUAUUUAGCCUCCUGUGUGAUGUAUUGGACAAUUUUAUUUUAUCAUUGAAGGCACAAUUUCAGCUUUUAUAAUUUGAACAUUAUCAGGCUCCUUCACAUGAAACUUGAAAAUGUUUUGCACUCGUCUUGUUGUUCAGGUCAUUGUGUUCUUUGCUGCAACUAUCAUGAAUGUACAAUAUAAAGAAAAUGAGUAUAACAUCAGAA